AUGCGUAGGAAGAUUUGUGACGGCCAUUACACUGCUGCAGUCCGGGUUCUUUCUUCUUCUGGCGUUGCCCCUUAUAAUGAUGCCACUCUUGCGGAUUUACAGUCUAAACACCCUACUUCUCCGGCUCCAUCCUUGCCUGAUAUACUUGUUGAUGGUCUUCAUCUCGUUACUACUUUUGUUGUUGCUUUGGAUCGGAUUAAGAGUUUUCCCCGUGGCACAUCAUGUGGUAGGGACGGUUUACGUGCUCAGCACCUUCUGGAUUGCUUGAGUGGUGCUGCUGUGGCUGUAUCAGAUGAGUUAGUUGAUUCUAUUUCCGCGGUGGUUAAUCUCUUUCUAGCUGGAAAGUGUCCUAUGGAACUAGGAGAAUAUAUUGCUAGUGCUCCUCUUACCCCACUUGUCAAGCCCGGUGGUGGUAUUCGUCCUAUAGCUGUGGGUACUAUUUGGCGGCGUUUGGUUUCGAAGGUGGGUGCUGUUAUGAUUGACCAGUCUGUAGGAAGUUACUUUGAUGGUCUUCAAUUUGGCGUUGGGGUUUCUUCGGGUGGUGAGGCAAUUCUUCAUGUUGUGAAUCGGUUGAUUGAGGACCGAGGUUCUAAUGUUGGUCUUUCUAUGUUGUUGGUGGAUUUUCUAAAUGCCUUCAAUCUUGUUGAUCGUACGGUCAUGUUUCGUGAAAUUCAUCGUCGUUGUCCUGACAUUUCGCGAUGGGUUGAAUUCCGCUAUUCCAAUCCAGCCAGAUUAGAUGUUUUUGACUUAUGUCUUCAUGCCUGGUAUUUGGAUGACGGCACUGUUAUCGGUGACACUUUGGCUGUGGGGAAGGUUCUGCAGUUGAUUAUGGAGGAAGGACCUUGUUUUGGGUUACAUUUUAAUGUCGAAAAAACUGAAGUAUUCUGGCCUACAGAAGACCCUCGAAGCAGGCUUGUGGGUGUUUUUCCGCCCAAUAUUACUCGACCUUUGCGUGGUGUUAAGUUGCUUGGUGGUCUUGCUAGUUUCGAUUCCAUCUUUGGUGGAGAGGUUGUGAUGUAG